UGUCAGAUUAAAUGGCAAUGGCUGUGGCGCUCAUACCGCUUCCUCCGCGAGCUUCUCUCUCCGUCCACCAGGAAUGCGGCGGCGCCAAGGGCCUAGGGUUUGGCAUUCGCGUAGCUUCUUCUUCGCGGCCGAGGCUGCUCUUGCGGCCGCCCAACGGGCAGCUCGGAUUCUACGUCGAGCCCGACAUCGAUGAGGAUGAGGUGUGGGAUCCGGCCAAGACCAAGGGUGACGACGAGCUGGAUUCUUUUCCUUGGGGAAUUGCCGAUGGCGCUCAUUCGUGGCAUGGAAACGAAGACGACAGACCAUAUUGGGAGAUUGUAGCUGAGACGAUUGAAAAAGCUGGAGGUCCUACGUCAGGACUCCAAAAAUGGAUAUCAUGGAGUUUUCUGCCCAUUCUCUUCACCGGCAUGGCAUUCGGAGCGCCUGCAACUUAUCUAUUUCUCUACACCGUGCUUUUUAUAUUCGCGUUUAUCGGUAUUGAGAUGGAUAAACCAGACCAGCCUCAUAAUUUUGAUCCGGAGACAUACCUUGAGAUGAUGGCCGAGCGAGACAAAGCUAAAAUGCUGGAGCUCGGUCCGGGAAAUGAUAUGUAACUGUUUUUUUGAGUCGACUGUUACAUGUACAGGCAAAGAUAAGAAAGGAUCGAUUCUUGUA